CAUGCUUUUCAUAAUCGUAUGCAGAUCAUUAUCAUAAACGCUAGAUUUUACGGCAUACUUACGAUUGGGCGCUUGGAGUGUACUUUUUUUAUUAUCGUAUCUUAACAAUGUACCCUAAACGUAAAAGCUAUGAUGCUAAUUAUUCGUUUUACACUAGCUUUACACUUAAUAUAAGCAUUGAAAAAAGUUAAAAUGGAGCUAUUACUUACGUAAAAUAAACGAAGUCUUGGACAUAAAACGUAAAUUUUACACCAACUUAUGGACUUACGACAGAGCUGAUAAGAGCUGCGCGUGCAGAAUAUUAAGUCCAGGAAAAUUAAGUCGAUAGUAGGUAAAAACGUCACGGUAACACAAGUUGUUUAUAAAAUCACGAAAAAAAUAAAAGCACCGGCGCAUCAGAAUUGGGUUUAAAAACAUCAGCACUUCCUGCUAUGCGAGUCUCGCAGUUUUUUUGCAACAUGCAGCCACCCGCAGGGACGUUCGUGCUAUUGCUUCUGAUAUGUAUGAACGUGCAGUUUUGUAAAGCAUGGUGGGCUUGGUGGUGGUGGUCAACGAAUCCGUCAGUAGCGGCAUCAACAGCAACAGAAUCAUCAACUGCUUAUCCAGAUACGUGUGAUAUAUGGCAUACGGAGGAGAAUGGUGACUGGUCAACGCCAGAAGAAUGCGCACGGCCAUGUGGAGAAGAAGACGAGCCGAGAUAUUGUUAUUAUCGAUUCGUCAUCGAAUAUUACACGGUGAAUAACGCGGCAUGCGAUUUAUGUCAACCACCGGUGGAUGACUCAAGGAUAAAUUCAACAUGCCAGUGCAUUAUAGGUGAUGGAUUUGAGAAAACGGUAUUAUCUAUCAAUCGUAUGAUACCAGGCCCGAGUAUUCAGGUUUGCAAGGGUGAUGUUAUCAUUGUCGAUGUAGUUAACGAAGCUGACGGUACUGAGGUGUGUAUACAUUGGCAUGGAAUUUUUCAAAAAAGUACUCCAUACGCCGACGGUGUACCGCAUCUGACGCAAUGUCCAAUUCUGUCAGCCAAUACUUUCAGGUAUAGCUUCGUUGCAAAUAACUCGGGUACACAUUGGUAUCACUCGCAUGUACUUACGCAUCUUAUGGACGGACAGCUUGGAUCUUUAAUCAUACGCGAUCGACCUGAAUGGGAGUUUUUCGCUUAUAGCGAAAAGUAUUUAUACGAUGAAGACGUCCCGGAACACGUAAUUGUGAUCAGCGAUUUAUUUCAUACAUUAUCGACAGAACGUUAUCCUGGCCUAUUUAGGCAACAAAUGGCUAGAGGACAAGCCGCGGAAAAUUUUUUAAUUAACGGCAGAGGCGAUUGGACGGAUCCUGCGACUAAUAGGAGCAAUAAUAUUGCACUUUCGCAAUUUAGAGUAAGAAGUGGAAUAAAAUACAGAUUCCGCCUUAUCAACGCAUGCGGUACAGUUUGUCCAAUCACUUUUACAAUUCAAAAUCAUCCACUGGAGAUAAUUGCUACGGAUGGCGAAAAUAUGGUGCCUAGAACUGUAGAUGGUAUCAUCUGUACUUCAGGUGAACGUUACGAUUUUGUUCUAAACGCGAAUCAAUCCUUGGGUCAGUACUGGAUUAUGGUGCGAGGACUCGGUGAAUGUGAAAAAACAUUAGCUUAUCAAUUGGGAAUCCUCGUUUAUGAAGGCAGCCCCACAUCAUCACUGUCAGCCAGGCCAAAUUAUUCAAACAUAUCUCAACCUCAGAGUGUCAUUAAUCCUCUGAAUGCCUCGAACUGUGAUGUUAAUGUCUGCAUAGACGAUAUACAAAAAGUAUCAUACUACGACGACACCAAAAUACCGUUGGAUACAGAACCGGAUAUAACAUUACCAAUGUUAUUCGGUUUUUUUAAUUACAGUUUAUCACAACAGUCUAUGAAUUCACUAUUUAGUACGAAAGAUCCGGAUUACAAAAAAUUCUUCGUUGCUAUCGAUGGAUCUCAUCUAAGUGCUCAAAUUAACAACAUUUCGUUUAAAGACCCACCUUCACCUCCUCUCUCGCAGCACAUAGAUUAUGAAAAGAUAUGUCCAAAUGCGUACACGCCGCCUACAUGCACACAGCCAUGCACUUGUACCGAUGUUUUUCACAUUCCUUGUAAGGCAACGGUAGAUGUGAUGCUCGUUGAUAUAGACAAUAUAAACGUACUAAAUCAUCCGUUUCAUCUGCACGGUUAUAGUUUUUGUGUAUUACGGUCGCGCACGUUCCCUGAUAAACAGGACAACAGUCAAAUAUCAUCAGAAGAUAUAAACAAAGUGUUGCAAGAACAUCAGGAAAAUUUGAAAAAUAAUAUUUAUAACUCCUGCGCUCCUAAAGAUACUGUAGUUGUACCAAGUGGCGGUUAUGUCAUCUUACGUUUUGUGGCCGACAAUGGAGGUUGGUGGUUCUUCCAUUGUCAUUUCGCUUGGCACACCGCGGCAGGAAUGAACGUUGUUUUCCAUGUUGACUGCCCGGUACCACCUGAACCAGAAUGCUUUCCAAAGUGUUAUGACUAUUUGCCACCACCGGUAAAUGAAUAUGGCCAGUAUGAACAUGAUCAGGAUGAAUACUGGGAUGAUUAAUUCAAUUUAUUCCACGAUUAAAAUGAAAACAUUUUUUUAAACGGCACCCUGUUUUUUAACUUUUGGUAAUUU